UAAAUAUUAUCACCAUUAACUCAAAGUAAUAUAAAUAAUAGUACACAAAGGACCAAGUCCAUUGUCAUCCACUCAUUUUUGGACACAACCAAAUCACAUAUAAUACACAUACAUAUAAAUAUACAUAUAUAAUAAUAGCAUCUUAAUUCCUAUACCUACUGAAGAUCAUUUCUUUGUACCUCUUUAUAAAAAUCUUAAUGUUUGGACAUUCCCUCAGUUCCACAUUUAGACUGCUGCAUAGCCUCACACCACAAACACAAAUACAAAAGUUCCUCCUCAUCGUUCGCACGCUAACAGUUUAGAAAUAAGUCUGACCUCUUAGAUUGUAGCCCUCCUCUCUUACACUGAACAUGUUUUGGAUAUUUGCAGGCAGUUGGUUGUUUUUUGCUUCGUACAUUGUUUGAGCUAUUUGAAAUUCCACCAGAUCAGCAAACUUCAGUAAAUGAGACAGUAAGAAUAAUGGAUUUGAAUGAUCCCUGUACUCUGCAUGAUGGAUGUUGCAAAUUGCUCUUUUCUGAAGAAUAAACAAUGACUGUACAUUAGAUUUGUAAUUAUUGGCCCAAACUUCAGCGCAGUAACUUAAGUAUGGUGAGACCAGUGAACAGUACAAAAUGUGAAGCGCUUUAUAAUCCAGGACCUGUUUGGCUUCACUUAAUACUGCAAUGCUCCUUUUGGGAUGUAUAUGUUUAAUGUUUGCCUUCCAACAAAGCUUUUCAUCAAUUAUGACCCCAACAAAUCUAUUUUCAGUAACCUGUUCAAUAUUCACACCAUCUAUCUGUAUUUUUACUUGUUUGUUUCUUCUGCAGUGAAACAACAUUACUUUAGUUUUAUUCAAAUUUAGUGACAAUUUAUUUUUAUCAAACCAGGUUUUUAGUUUGAUCAUUUCCAUGGUUACCAUAUCUUGUAGUUAAUCAUCACCCGAACAAAAACUAUGAGUGUGAUCCGCAGAAAGAACAAGCUUCAAUACCUUUGAUAUGUGACAUAUGUCAUAAAACAUGUUGGUCCCAAUACUGACCCCUGUGGGACCGCAGGUCCAAACAUUUAGAGCAACUGUCACCUAACCUCACAAACUGCUGUCUGUUACUUUAAUAACUUUGAAUCCAAACCAAGACUUCUCCCCUAAUCCCAUAACGUUCCUAUGUAUUUAAUAAGAGGAUAACUCAUUUUCUGAGAUCCAUUUUUAAUAAUACUGUUCAGAAAGCUCCAUAUUUCCUUCAUAUUGCCUGUUUGUUUCUAAUAGUGUCCUAUAGUACUCCUUCUUUCUUGCCCUCAACAUGUUAGUUCACUUAUUUUUAUACUUCUUAUAUUUAUUUUCUGACUUUUGAGUUUUAUAUGUUAUGAACUCUCAUUUAUUAAACCCUUAGUUAGCCAUGGACAUUCAGCAUGUUUUAUUUGUUUAGUAUAUUGUUUUAUUGGACAGUUUAUAUUAUAUAAUGACCUGAACUGUUGAAUUUACAUUCAGACAAACAUCAGACGCAGCUGGAAUCAAGUUUCACUUUGAAAAACAUUCUCAUCUAAAGGUCCACUUACUCUGUAUGUCCAAAGCUUUCAGUCACAUCUCAUGGUCUUCCUCAGUGAUGGAGGGUCUCAGUUGUCAUGGAGAUGGUUUAAGUUUGAAUGGUUUCAGUAAAGUAGUUAAUAAAUCAACAGAUGAUAAACUGCAGCUGUAUUGUGUCUCGUUCUCUCCAUCAGAUGCCUGUGAACUGGAACUGGAUCCAAACACAAUGAACACAAACCUCAAACUGUCUGAUAACAACAGGAAGGUGACACAUGUGAAGGAGGAUCAGUCAUAUCCUGAUCAUCCAGACAGAUUUGACUACUAUCUUCAGCUCCUGUGUAGAAAUGUUCUGACUGGUCGCUGUUACUGGGAGGUCGAGUGGAGAGGAGACGUUUAUAUAUCAGUGAGUUACAGAAGAAUCAGAAGGAAAGGAGACAGUGAAGACUGUUGGUUUGGAGAGAAUGAUCAGUCCUGGAGUCUGAGAUGCUCUGAUGGUGGUUACUCUGUCUGUCACAAUAAGAGAAGAACAUCCAUAUCCUCUUCCUCCUCCUCCUCCUCCUCCUCCUCCUCCUCCUCCUCCUCCUCCUCCUCCUCCUCUGUCUCUAACAGAGUAGCAGUGUAUGUGGACUGUCCUGCUGGCACUCUGUCCUUCUACAGAGUCUCCUCUGACUCACUGAUCCACCUCCACACCUUCAACACCACAUUCACUGAUCCUCUGUGUGCUGGGUUUUGGUUCUGCUAUGGUUCCUCAGUGUCUCUGUAGAAGGAGCAGUGAGGAGUAAAGAGGAGCAGGGAGGAGCAGAGAGGAGCAGUGAGGAGCAAAGAGGAGCAGUGAUGAGCAGAGAGGAGCAGAGAGGAGCAGUGAGGAACAGAGAGGAGCAAUGAGGAGCAGUGAGGAGCAGAGAGGAGCAGAGAGGAGCAAUGAAGAGCAGUGAGGAGCAGUGAGGAGCAGAGAGGAGCAGUGAGGAAGAGCAGUGAGGAGCAGAGAGGAGCAGAGAGGAGCAAUGAAGAGCAGUGAGGAGCAGUGAGGAGCAGAGAGGAGCAAUGAGGAGCAGUGAGGAGCAGUGAGGAGCAGAGAGGAGCAGUGAGGAAGAGCAGUGAGGAGCAGAGAGGAGCAGUGAGGAGUAAAGAGGAGCAGAGAGGAUCAGUGAGGAACAGAGAGGAGCAAUGAGGAGUAAAGAGGAGCAGAGAGGAGCAGUGAGGAGCAGAGAGGAGCAAUGAGGAGCAGUGAGGAGCAGUGAGGAAAAGAGAGGAGCAGUGAGGAAGAGCAGUGAGGAGCAGAGAGGAGCAGAGAGGAGCAGUGAGGAGCAGAGAGGAGCAGUGAGGAGUAAAGAGGAGCAGUGAGGAGUAA